AUCUUGUUUGUGGUGUCAGUAUUGUAGUUGUGGAGUGUUGGGUGUUGUCUUUUAUAUUGAUGAUUCCGUAAACCGUUUUAAAAAUGUUAUUCAAAAGUUUUAUAAACGUGCUUCUAAUAUUCUUUAGUACAUUAUCUCACGUAUAUGGACAAAACUUCACACUUACAUGGUGUACAAUAUCAGAAGCUGAGCAAGAUAAAUGCAAUGCAUUUUCCAGAGCAGUUGAUCGCGAAAUAGUUUUCUUUGAACGUAGUUAUAUUAAAUUACAAUGUAAACAAGCAUCAACUAAAGAAGAAUGUAUGACUAUGUUGGAUCAAGAGAUAGCUCAAAUAACUACAUUAGAUGCAGGCGAAAUUUUUAUAGCUGGUCGAUAUCACAGUUUAAUACCGAUAAUGCAAGAAAUAUAUGAAAGCGGAGUGAAUUAUCAGUACGCAGUAGCUGUUAUUAAAAAAGGCUCUUUGCCAGAUGUUCAGAGCUUACAAGAUUUAAGAGGCAAAAAAGCUUGUUUUCCUGGUCUUGGAAUGUUAGCUGGCUGGAUUAUUCCUAUUUAUACUCUAAUGAAACAAGGUGGACUAGAAAUAAUUGACUGCAAUAAUCAUGUGAAAUCUGCCAUUAAAUUCUUUGGACCUAGCUGUGCUGUAAACUCAUUGAUCGAUAAAUACAAUCCAUUAGGUGAUAAUUCUGAUCAGUUAUGUAAACUGUGUAUCGGAAAAAUACCUGGAGGAAGGUGUACCACUUCGGAUCCUUAUGCAGGAUACGAAGGAGCAUUUAGGUGUCUAGUAGAGGCAGGAGAAAUUGCCUUUUUAGUACAUACAACAGUGAAUGAAAUGACAUUAACAAGUUUUGACUAUACCUCAGUAAAGAAAGAACAAUUUGAAUUGCUCUGUCGCGAUGGCACGCGCAAACCCAUUGACAAUUACAAACUUUGCAAUUGGGGUACUGUUCCUUCACGUGCUGUAGUCACAUCAUCUGCUACGCAACUCGAACACCGUCGAGCCUAUCAACGAUUUUUAGAAAGAGCAGUUAGAGUGUUGAGCAAACACAGCACAAGAAAUUCGACUGAUUUUUAUGAUAAUCGCUUCGAAAAUCGAGCAGGUUUGAACAAUCGAUUUGACGAAAAUAAUUUUACCAGAAACGGAUUUGCUAAUCCUAAUGAAUAUAACACAGAAGAUUCUGAAAAUCGUAAUGGAUUCGAAAGAAAUUUGAACGGGAAUGAAUUAAAUCCAUGGGAUAAAACUGAAGCAACGAAUGUACAGCCAAUAGAAACGUUCGAUUUAUUUGAAUCCGCACCAAGAUAUGGAAUGCAUCACAACUUAUUGUUCUCUGAUUCAGCACGGGACUUUGUCCAGUUGCCAGAAAAGAUUCAGACAUAUAGCGGUUAUUUGGGCAGAUCCCUAGAUCCAAUUUUAGAAGUACGUCGUUGUACUGUUAACAGAAUGACUUUGUGCGUCACAUCCGAUCCAGAAAUGGAAAAGUGUAUAAAGAUGAAGAUAGCAUUAAAAGCGCAGUUACUGAAGCCAGAAUUAAACUGUUAUAAAGGUCACAGUCAAAUUCAUUGUAUGCAGGCUAUACAGAAUGGAAUUGCCGAUGUAGCGGUGCUAGAUACCAGCGAUGUAUACACCGCUGGCUUACGUUACGAUUUGGUUCCGUUUAUCUCUGAAAUGUAUAAUUUGCCUACUCCAGAAUACUACGUAGUCGCAGUGGCGAAAGAGGAGGAUGAUAAUACCGACUUGACAUACUUAAAAAAUAAGUAUACUUGUCACACGGGAAUUAAUACGGCUGCAGGUUGGGUGUAUCCACUAGCAUAUCUUAUUUCCAAUACUUGGAUUAGAGGCUACGGUUGCGACUCCGUUCGUGCAGCCGCAGAAUACUUCAGCAAAUCUUGCGUUCCGGGUGCGCUUAGCACCGAAUAUAAUAUUGGUGUGCCUUACGAUAACAUGUGUGACUUGUGUCACGGUGCAAGCUUUCGCUACUGUCGCAGAGACGCAUCCGAAGACUACUUUGGAUACACCGGUGCUUUCAGAUGUUUAGUCGAAGGAGGAGGAGACGUGGCCUUCGUGAAGCACACGACGGUCGCCGAAAAUACAGACGGAAAACGAAGAGAGACAUGGGCGCGAAAUACCUUCACGAAAGAUUUCGAAUUGCUUUGUCCAGAUGGCACUCGUCGACCAACUACCGACUACAUGCACUGUAAUUUGGGGAAGGUCGCAGCCAACGCUAUAGUCACGCGCGGCGGCUAUUACGGAUACAACGAGACACAAAUAAACGCAUACAUAAAUUUAUUUAUAUAUGCCCAGCAAUUUUAUGGCAGAAAGGAACAGGACGAAUUCAGUUUCAGCAUGUUUUACAGUACACCGCCUUACAGCGAUCUGAUCUUUCAAGAUGCCACACAACAACUGGUGGUAAUACCGCCUGAAAAAAGGGAGUACAGUACCUAUUUAGGUCCAGACUUUCUGAGAGCUAGGAGAAUCGUGGACUGUAACGCUGGAGCAUCAGCCAUUGAACAUUCGAUACUAGCCACGAUAGCUAUGAUUAUACUUACUUGCAUGUUUAGCAGAUAAAAUUUAGAUCUCUUUUGCAACCAAUGAAUCUUAAACAUGUACAUUGAACAAAAAUAUUCGACGCUUAUCGUACUAAUCGUACACAUUUAGAUAGAAUGACACACAGAUUUUAUAAUCUUUGUAUGAAAUAUCAAACACUGAUUAUAAAUAUUUUAUAUAUUGAUACAUUACAAACAAAUCUUUUUAAGAUAUUUGUAUUAAUUUGUAAAUUCUAGACUUAAGCUUAACUCCGUCCGUUUUAAAGACUUUACAAGAUCUGAUAAGUUUUAUUACACAUACCGUCCAUUAAUAUUUUUAUAUAUACAGA